GUCGUCGUUUGUAAAGUGCCGUUAGUUAACAAACGACGCUGCUGGCGAACAGACGACGAACAAGGACGGAGCUAAGCAAGCGGACAACGGACAACAAACAAUCCACACGGACAUACACAAACAAGCACACACGCACACACACACACACAUAAGCUCGCACGCACUCACGCGCAGGCACAAACAGUGUGUGUGUGGAAGGUACGACGGCAACGACGAUGAUGAUGAUGAUGAUGAUGAGGAUGUUGGAAGGAGGCAGGCCCUAAAAGUAUGCAAAAUAAAGAGGCAGAGAAUGACGAGAAAUUCAGCGAAAUACAAUUCGUCCCUUUAUUUGGCAACAACAACUACAACCACAACAACAGCAGCAGCAAAAGCAGGAGCAGAAAUAACAACAACAAGGAAAGCAACAAGAACAACAACAACAAUUGAACAGCAUUAACGCAAUGAACAAUGGGAGAGAGCAGCGAAAAUGUGAAAGAUUAUAAUUAAAUGUACAUACAUAUGCAUACAUCAUGGUACAUACACGUACACAAAUGUAAAAUAUAAAUACAAUGUGCGAGUAGUAGUAGGAUAUGUAUGUACGUAUAUACUUGUUGUUCGAUGUAUGUAUGUAUUUGUAUUUGUAUCGUAUGUAUGUACUACAUUGUAUGUGUAUGCGCACACACAUUUUUAUGCAAACACAUAUGCACAACGAAAUACCCAACAAACAAAAUACAUACAGCUAGAAAAACACAUUGGCCAAAAUACGUAAUUCAUUUUUAACAAAGCUCUCAACAACAACAACAACUACAGUAGCAAUAACAACCACAACAAAAACAACAACAACAACGGCAGCAGCAGCAACAGUGACAAAGUCGCAGUGAUUUGUUGCCAGCGCGCGUGUGUGUGUGUGUGUGUGCCUACGUGUGUACACAUACAUAUACAGCCAUAAAACCAUACAACAAGCAAAGCAAAGAAAAAAGAGAAAAACAACAACAACAACUAAAAAAAAAAAAACAAACUAGAUUAUUGUCGUCGUCAACAAAUACAACGAAUAUAAAUUUUUAUACAAUUUAAUUUUUGCAUAACACAAAACGAAAAAUAAAAAAACUAACUAAACUCAACUAACGAAACACAAUAAUAAUAAUAAAAAACAAACAACAACAACAACAACGAAAAAGAGUCCACCACGAAAGAGAGCGAGCUGGCAAGUGAAAGAGAGCAAGAGAGUAACGAGCGCAAGAGAGGGACAGCAAACUAAGAACGGCGACGCAUAAACAAACCGAAACUGAAAAUAUUUGCCCAAAGUAUUACAAUAUACCCCACGAACAAGAAGAAGAACAAACAAAAAAAAAUAAAAUAAAACGAAGCGCAAAACGAAAGAGCAGCAAGGACUAAAAGAUAAAGAAGAAGAAGAAGACGUAGACGUAGUCGUAGUCGUAGUCGUAGAAGAAGGAAUAGGAAACGAAGAAGGCAACUAGAAACAACAACAAUCCGAAAAGCGAAAAGCGGGAGCCUGGCACGUUCCACACACACACACAGCCAAACAAAAUGAAUAUGCUACACAGUUUCAGCAGUGGAGGCGCUUCCAACGCCGCAGGCGAUGUCACCAGCGAUAGCGAACUUAAGGUACGCCUGAUUGCCAAUGUGAAGAAGGAGGUGAAACAGCUCAUGGAGGAGGCGGUCACCAAGAAGUACAUCCACGAGGAGAGCAGCUCCGUCACAUCGCUGUGCGGCGCCGUCGAGGCGUGCCUCAGCCAUGGACUGCGUCGUCGUGCCCUUGGCCUAUUCAAGACCUCAUCGACCACGGCGCUGAUACAGAAGAUUGCCAAAAUCUGUCCCGAGGCCGACUAUGUGAGUCGUCGCCUGCUCGAGCUGGAGCUGGCCCACGAGAGUCAUGCGGUCAGCAAUAAGCGUUCGUCGUCCAGCAGCGACAGCAUCAUCAAGCCGAAGCUCUUGAGCAAGGGCAGCGGCAGCAGCGGAUCGGUGACGACCAUCAACACGGCGUCGUCGUCAUCGGUUAUCGGUGGCGGGAACGGGAACAACGUCGCCUCGCCGCUGGGCAAAUAUCUGUGGAUACGUCUGGCGUUGUAUGAGAAACGUUUGGCCAAGAUUAUCGAGCAUCUGGUGAGCAACGCUCAGAGCUAUUACGAUCGCGAAGCGCUGGUCGCCGAUCCCGAUUAUGGUUCCAUACUCAGCUCGCUGCUUGUGGGUCCUUGUGCUCUGGAGUUCACACGCGCCAAGACUGCUGACCACUACUGGUCUGAUCCUUGUGCCGACGAGCUGGUGCAACGUCAUCGCAUCAGCUCUGGCAACCGGACACCGCCCACCUGUCAUCGGCCAAUUAUCAAUUUCAAGCGAAGCUUGCACACCAGCUCCGAGGACACGAGCAGCGGCAGCUUCAAGGCCUGCUCGCCGGCGAGCGUGGCCAAGGAUUAUGUGGAGUCGCUGCAUCAGAACUCACGCACCACGCUCCUCUAUGGCAAGAACAAUGUGCUGGUGCUGCCGAAGGACGUGUCCGAGCCGAUGCCCGGUUACCUCAGUUUGCAUCAGAGCGUUCAAUCGCUGACCAUCAAAUGGACGCCAAAUCAACUGAUGAAUGGCUACAACGACACGGAUGGCGUGGACAAGAGUUACUAUUGGAGCUAUGCCCUCAAUAUCAAUGUGGAUGAGAUUGUCUAUGUGCAUUGCCAUCAGAAUCGUGGCGGCGACACCGGCGGCACCAUCAUCCUCGUCGGUCAGGAUGGCGUUCAACGUCCUCCGAUACACUUCCCCGAGGGUGGACAUCUGCAGGCGUUUCUCAGCUGCCUGGAGACGGGUCUGUUGCCACAUGGCCAGCUGGAUCCUCCGCUGUGGUCACAACGGGGCAUUGGCAAACUGUUUCCCUGGCCGAAGAGUGUACGUCGGCACAUUCUGCCAUCGGUGAUGGAAUCGUCCAGCGACGAGACACCCAUCGAUUAUGUCUUUCGUGUGGUCAGCAAAAGUCAGCACGAAGAGUUUUUGGCCACACAUCCCAUAUUGGAGCUGGGACGCUCGAGUCCACGUCGCAAGCAUCUGGGCAGCUGCUCAACCACCGGCAGCAGCGAUUGCUCCAGCAAGAGUCUGUCCAUCGAUCAGAGCAGCAAUCCGGAUCCGCCCUUGAUACAGGCCAGCCAAACCGCCAGCAUUGAGCUUGUCUGUUCCACAAUGCGGCGUCAGAUCAUCUCGCGCGCUUUCUACGGCUGGCUGGCCUAUUGUCGCCAUCUAUCUACGGUUCGCACCCAUCUUUCUGGCCUCGUUAAUGGCCGUAUUACACCAGAUCUCGCGGCCGAUGAGGAAGGAUUGUCGCGUCAAAAAUGGAAUGCCAUGAAUGUGGACGGGGUGGUGUCCAGCGAGCUGGAGCUCUAUCGCCUCGUCUACUUUGGCGGCGUGGAGCAUGAAGUGCGCAAAGAGGUUUGGCCCUAUCUGCUGGGUCACUAUGCCUUCGGCUCGACGCCCGAGGAGCGACAGAAGCAGGACGAGACGUGCAAGCAUUACUACGAGACCACGAUGAGCGAAUGGUUGGCUGUGGAGGCGAUUGUGCGGCAGCGGGAGAAGGAGAAGACCGCUUUGGCGGUGGCCAAGCUCAGUGCUGAGCAGGCACGCCAAGCGGCGAAGGCAAAUUCGAACAGCAAUCCGCAUGAGUUGCUGCUGCCCAAUGGCAGUCGACCAUUGAAUCGUGUGGAUGUCGAGGAGGGCGAGGGCGAGGGUGAAGGCGAGAAUGAUGUGUUCGAUGACAAUGAUUUCUCGGACAUAUCCGACCCGGGCGAUGAGUUCGAUGAGCAGCCAGGGGAGAAGGGGCAAGCUCAGCAAAAACCAGAGCAAACUCCAGACGAUGCUGAGGGCGAGGAUGAGGCUGGAGAGGAGGAGGAGGAGGAGAGGCCGCAGCUUAGCGAGCAGGUGGUGUUAGAGUUCCAGAACAUCGAUGAUAUGGAACCGUUGCGGUUGCAGGAGAACUGCUUUGCCGACUCGGAGGUGGAAGGCGACCUGGGCUUGGCCCUCGAUGGCUGCGGCAAUAUCUUGAUGUUGAGCAUCAAGAGUUCACCCUCCACCAGCAGCUACGAGACGGUGGGCAAUGAGUUUACUGAUCUUGCCUUUGCCAAGGCCAGCGAGAAAUCUGAAACAGAAGCUGAGGCAGAGGAAGGGGAAGAAGGUGUGGCUGAGGAUGAGCCCUGUGGCCAGCUGAGCAAAUUUCAUAGCGCCGACGAUGUGCGUCACGAUGAGGAGCAUCCGGCCACCGCAGUCAUCAUCACCGAGGCGGCAUCCCUGGACGAUCUUGACAUACAAUGCAACGACGACGAGCCCACCGAGGAGUUCACCUCACGCAAAACCAGUCUCAUGUCGCCCCUCAACGAGGACAUCACUGUGGUCGCCUCCCUCGAUGCCCUGCAGGAGCCAAAGUCCGCCUGCGUCUCGCCGGCCAGCUCCAAUGGCGGUGUCUACAGCGUCGAGUUGCUGGAACAGUUCGGUUUGAAUCUGCAUCGCAUUGAGAAGGAUGUGCAGCGUUGCGAUCGCAACUAUUGGUACUUUGCCAACGAGAAUCUGGACAAGCUGCGCAAUGUGAUAUCCACAUACGUGUGGGAGCACCUCGACAUUGGCUACAUGCAGGGCAUGUGCGAUCUGGUUGCUCCACUUCUGGUUAUCUUCGACGAUGAGUCGCUCAGCUACAGCUGCUUCUGCAAGCUCAUGGAGCGCAUGAUCGAGAACUUUCCCAGCGGCGGUGCGAUGGACAUGCACUUUGCCAACAUGCGUUCCCUCAUUCAAAUACUCGACUCGGAGAUGUACGAUUUGAUGGACUCGAAUGGCGACUACACGCACUUCUACUUCUGUUACCGCUGGUUCCUCUUGGACUUUAAACGCGAGCUCAUCUAUGACGAUGUCUUUGCCACCUGGGAGGUCAUCUGGGCGGCCAAGCACAUUGCAUCCGGACAUUUUGUGCUCUUCCUGGCGCUGGCGCUGCUCGAAACCUAUCGCGACAUCAUCUUGUCCAACAGCAUGGACUUUACCGAUGUCAUCAAGUUCUUCAAUGAAAUGGCCGAACGUCAUAAUGCCCAGUCGAUCCUUCAGCUGUCACGCAGUCUCGUCUUGCAAUUGCAGACAAUAAUUGAGAACAAAUAAGUUGGCAAAUAGAACUCGAACUCGAACUCGAACUCGAACUCGAACUAGAAGUGGAUCUCACUUUAUGCGUGUAGUGUUUUUUUUUUUAUUUAGGAGCUGUGUGUGUGUGUGUGAGUGUGUAGUUGUGUAGAAGAGUUGUUUAGUAGCACUUAGUAGGCUCAACUAACUAAAAUGCCAGAGUUGAUGCACACGCAAUACAGUAGUGUAGUGUAAUGUACUUCGCAAUCAGUAUUUGGAACUUAUGGUCGACAGAGUCAGCAUGAGAUAGAGGGAGAUAGAAAAUAGCACAUACAUACAUACAUACAUUCCUAAUGCGACUAACACAUACAAACCUACUCACGCUCAGGCUAUGUGAGUUAAAUGAGCGAAGCAGCCAAUAGAUAAUGCACCGUUAGAGCACGCGACGCUCUCUCGUGAGAGCAAAUUGUUAUGUUACAUGCAUAGUUAUCGUUUAUCGGUUAUCGAUGUUUUAUUUUUGUGUUGGAAGAAACGGCUGGGAAUCGUUUUAGAAGCGCUUUAACCCUGAAAACACAUUGUUAACAAUAAAUUAAACACACACACACACACAUACGUUUAAAUCAAUGUGAAAUUGCAAAUUUGAUUAAGUCAAAGACAAAAACAAAAAACAAAAACAAAUGCAUACGAAACUAAGCCAUAAAGAAAUGUAGUGACCUGAAAAGAAUAAGAAAAGAAUUAAAAAAAAAAAACAAAUAUAUAUAACAAAAAUAAACUAUAUAAUAUGAAAUAAUCACCAAAUUCACUGUAAACCAAAAAAACAAAAAACAAAAAAAAUAA